GCUCAAAAAGUUUUUCCGGAGUGUUUUCUGACAGAUUCAUCUUGCAAAACUCGGGUCAGCGAGACACACAGAGUUUUUGCCAACGAGUGAAAGGCGGGAUUUCGGUAAAGAUCUUGAGUUGUAAACAAGGCGAAUGCUGGUUUUCGGUUUUUUUCUUGGACGUGCAUACUUACGAUGGAAGACACCCGCCAUCAUGGAUGCAAGAAUGAGACAAGACAGUUUUUUCAGUUGAAAACGAUUUCUGCUUAAGUUGUUGGUUGUGAUAGCCAACAGUUUGCUCCGCCGGAGGAGGUGAUUUGGUAGCAAUGCAACAGAGCGCGCCACUAAAAUAGAAAAGAUCUCAUACCUCGCCACAAGUGUAUCCACCAUGUUGCCAUUCCUACAGUUCGUUCGUGAUCAAACGAGUUCGCAAUCCCCCCUCCUCAUGCUGCUUGUGACUGGCAUUUGUUAUUGUUACUAGCAACGAAAAGAAAGACACACCCGCGAGACAUCCAGACCGUAUAGGCCUGACGACUUAGUCACAAAGAGUUUUAAUCAUUCUGUGCACCCUUGGUUAGUUCUUUUUACAAAGUCUCAUCUGCCCCUACUAGCUUCACGACGUGAUGUAUUGUGACGGCGGUGGAGCAUGUUAGUAAUCAGAAAUGUAAAAACAUCAAGAGACGCACGGCUGUUGUACUCGUAGCACUCGUAGUCAGAUUUACUUGAAAGUUCACUGCUCGAGCUUUUUCUUGAUGAUGGCAAGUAUUCAGCAGCCCCCACCAUCGUCGUCUCUCAGUUUCCUGAGUGGUUCUCCUCGCAGACGGCGGCUUCGAAUUCUGCGUCUGAACGGCGACACCCUGUUUGAGGGGGAUUUGUUUGACUGGAAAGACGCAACAACUUUUGGGGCGGUAGCGGAGCAGCCAGCUUCUGGUCGGCGAAACAUCGCGGAGGAUGUCGGCCAGAUCGUCCACAACGACUUGGCCCGGCGAAAGCUGCUCAAGCAAGUGAACGUCUUGCCCUCGCAGGUUUCGCGCUCUGCCUCCCGAACCGGCAGUCGGCGCAAUUCGGACGACGAUGCAGCUCUGCUCGGAGCUGCUGGUAGCAAUGGCACAGCAGGUGGUUCCAACGCACUGUCACCGAGCGCGGUCUUAAGCGGUGCGGCAGACAAGCUAGCGGGAACCAAGCGGAAAUCGAGUUCGCGCAGUCCGGACCGGAGGAAUAUUGCGGGUCGUCCACCAUCAGGAACGAAAGCGACUACAGAGGCUACCACGGAAGUAGGCAUCUCCCAGGAUGAUGGGUCCUGGUUGCUUGCCGGUUCGUCUUUGGGGCAGGCGUGCAAGUGCAUGCUCGAUGAAGUGAACGGGGACAAUGUGCCGCUGCGGUGCAUCAUGCUCAUGGACACCGAGGAGCAUCGCUUCAUCGACGACGACGAGGAUGUGGACUUCAAUCUGGAGUUGAUCCGCGAGACCUCGUCAAUACUCGAAGAGCCACCUGAUGUUGGAGUUGUUCCGGCGAGCGAACAGGGUGAGGACAACCACAGCGACAUUCCGCGGCAGUGGUCGGACGACUUUAAUACCCUGUCGCGACAACAUUCAGUAUCCAUCUCCCGACAGGUGUCCCGUGCCUACUCCCGCGACAGUGGUGGGUUUGUCACACGCGAAGUUUCGCGCGCGUACUCGCGGGACAGUGGGCCCUUCAAAAAGGUGCAAGAAAUGCAGCUCGUGUCGCGCCACAUUGAGGGCUACUGCUUGAGCCCCAUGCUGUAUCCAAGAAAAAAACUGUGUUAGUGUAACUAUCUUUGGCUGACAGCGUCACAAAUUUGCUCUACAUGACAGAGAAAACCUGUCAUGCGUGGACCAUAAGGGAAAACACACAUGAAGAGAGGAGCUCAUGGCUGUCUGGCAUGACAGGCGUAACUCUGUUGCAUGUUCUGCAUUACAGAGUUACACUUACACAGUUUUUUUCUUGCAUAUGCUGCAGGAGAUGCUGGACGGCCAGUACGAGGUCGCGCACACGGCCUUAUUUGACAACGACUUCGAGUUUGGCGGGGAACGCAAGACGUACGCGCGCGAGGAGUGGGCGCUGUCGUUGUACCAGACGGAGGACCGUGAUUUCGAGGCGCUGUCGACCUCUGACCCGAAAAUAUCAACCGCGGUGUUUGACGGUAAAAAUACGGAGGAAAAGCAGAAGUUUCUCGACCGUGCCGCCGAGCAGUAUAUGCUGCGGCGGCGCGUCCACCAGGUUUUGGAUGAACUGCAGAAGGUGUUGACCGACCAGAACUUCUUCAGUCGGGGGAUGGUGCACUUUCUGGAUUUCGCUUGGGCGCUGGUCAAGUCCCGCCACUUCCCGGUGUUCGAAAAGCGCACACGCCGCUUUUCCAAGUUUCUCUGUGACUUCGCGCGCAUCAACCACCCGAGGUUCCGAAACCUGCGCGGCCUCAUCGAGCUCACCCACAUGCGGCUUCGGCAGGUGUACGGAGAGCUCACUCCUCUGUCCUUUUACAAGUUGCUGCCCAAUGCCUGGCACGGAUCUUCGGACGAUGUUGGGGAUAAUUUCCACAGUAUUAACAACCACCAGUGGGCGGGAGGUGCAGCUGCGACUUCUGGUCAACAUCCCCACCUCAACGAACAAGCGGACUACUUCAUCAACGACUUCACCAGCCCGCGGCGGCUGAUGCAGGUGCGCGAGAACCAGCGCGAGGGAUGCCGGCUGGUCGCUGCGCGGUUGUGUCGGUUGUUGCCACCGACCACGGCGGCAAAUAGUGCUGUGGAGAAGUUCACUUCUACUGCGAGGGACCGCAUCAACUUUCCCUUCGAUGACCCGCGAGACGACACCCGGGCGUCGCCGCUGCCGCCCGUGCACCAGCUCCAGCCGUCCGCGGGGAUGAUGAGCAUGGCGGGAGGUGCAGCCGGCGGGGGAGCCUUGCAUUUGUCGGUCGACGCGCACAUCAACGAGGACAUUUUGCGCUUGCUCGCGCAGACCGCGGAGCAGGAGGAGGCGCGAACGAAGUUUUUCGGGGACGAGGUGGAGGUGCGCGACAGCGAGGGGAACUUGAAGGUCGGGUACCGGUUCGACCCGGUGCAGCUGGCGCAGGCGGGGCACCCCGCGGUGGUGCAAGACGUCGCGGUUGCGCAGAAACUGUGCGAGUUGGGCCUCGCCGCCGAGCAGAACUGCUUCGCGGAGGUCCUCUCGUCCCUGCUGCGGGGGCGCAGCUACCAGGACGACGACGGCGCGAACGCGAUUCGGGUUUUAAGGCAACUGUUCGGAAGUGGCGAUCGUGUUGCGCUCACGGACGAACUGCGGAACGCGCUGUUCGCCGUCGUCAAGCGCGACAUUAACCGCAUCGACCAGCAGGAGCGAACCUCCAACGGGCGCGGCUCCUGGUCGGCGUCCGACGCGGAAAAGGGGCUGUCGCAGUUCGUGUCCCCGGAGUUCGCGCGGCUGGCCCGGAUGCGAACCUACAGUGGCAGCGCCGUCGAGGAUCACCUGUCUCUGGUCGACGUGGAGCACCUGCUCACCUGCGAGUGGGGCGGCUGGUCCUCUAGUGACCCGCAGCGCGAGUGGCGCAAAGGGAUUCUCGAAAGUGCUUUGGGGUUGGUACAACAAUCCGAGUCGUUGCAGCGGGGGGUCGGAGUGCAUCAAUCUUCCGGGACAGCAACAGUGUCUCCUGUGCGAUCUUCUGGAACAAGCUCAGACAGUAACGGCAACCGAGGACAACGGGAACAACCACGGAGUAGAGCAGCUGCGUUGUCUGCAGUAGACGAGACUGCAGGUGUGCUGAACACUCGCACGCUGGGCGCUGAAGUGUUAGCGGAGCGGUGCGCGGAUUAUCUGCGAUUUCGGCUCGAAAAGGUUCCCGACCUGAAUUGUGCUCUCGCAGCUUGUGCGCGACAGAAUCCGGCGGGCGCCGACAACAAGGAAGUGCGGCCGCUGAGCGGGCCAAUUCUCGUGCGCAGGGGCGAGUGUAUCGAUUUGCUUCCUCGCGUUUUGCUCUUUGCCGCCGCGCUUAUCGCACGCGAUUCGUACCACUUCACAUCGGAUUUGACGGCAACUGAUGGGUUGUCCUGCCCGGAGCCCUUCCGCGCGGGAAACGUGGUUCGCUUGCUGCACCGGCAUAUAGCGGAGUUUGACCGGCAGUCCGCCGUCUCAAAUCCAACGACGGCGAGCGUGGUCUCCAGCUCGUUCCAAGAUGACAAUGGACCAGAACAAACCAGUGAGGCCCACAGAUCUGUCGUUGUGUGUUUGGCGUUUGCCAUGACGUUGCUUUUGCUAGAGCGCGGUAGUAGUAGCAGCCCCCUGCAGAGUACAUCUACCAGCAACGUGGCCGUCAACGUGAGAAAGCGCAGCGUUAGUCGUGGCGACCUCCCGCCCGUCCCGGAGCAGUCCUCUGGCCCGGGCAUUAUCACCGCUGACGAAGCUAUCUCAAGAAAAAACUGUUUCACUGUAAACUUGUGAUGCAUAGAACGGAUACGGAACGCAAAUGUGUUUGUCUUGCUACGCAUGCAACACAUUGGAUUUCUAGCUGUGUUUUCCCUUAGGAAGCACGCAUGCCAAGUUUUCUUUGUCAUGUGUAACAAACUUGUGUUGCAGAUCUUGCAAAAUCACCACAGUGAAACAGUUUUUUCGUUGGAUACAAGCGGACGUCAUUACCGAGUACGAAGCGGAGGCCAUGGCCUACUACGAAGCCAUGUUGGGCGGGGGCCAGAAAGAGCGGGAUGUUCUUGCCAGGAACUCACCCGCGACCUUGAACGAAAAAGACAUCUACUACCCCGCUCCGAAUUGUGCGGACGCUCCUUUGCGAUCCAUCUCUUCGAUGUCCUCUUCCACCUUCGAAAACCCCCAGCUUGCCGUCAUGUCAGAAUCCCUGCGUGCUUUAUUUAAGCAGUGUGAUAGCUCUGCAAAGGAAAACAUUUCAGACCUCGUGGAGGAGUUCGUGCUUGCACCACUUCUACCACGACGGCAGGAAAUCGCGGAUUACGUGCGGAGCCACGUUCGCGUUGCGGAUAAUUGAUGAAUUAAGUACCAUUUUUUUUUUAAUAGAUUUCUAGUUAGAAGAGCGUCAUGCCGUAUUUGCGGUUCUUAUGUUCCCUUUUCAUUUGUUUAUUGUAGUUUGCGUGUAGUCAUGAUAGCCAUAUACACGCUCAAUGAUUUGGUCACCGCCUAUGGAGGCUCGUAGGUUUUCGCUAGCUUGUCGAGCUUUCAAGCGUGUGGCUACUUACCGUUUUGUUUACGAAUGUCGAGACGACUGCAUCUAUUUUUUUUGUGCACCGACGUUUUUAGGAAGAAGUCAUGGCCUUUUCUUCCUCAAGUGUAGCAUGUGCAGACACUACAUACCGAUGGGGGCAUGUUGGUCGAGAAAUGAGGCAAUGGCGUAGAGCUGUUGUGCUUGUAGCUCGAGUUGAUUUGUUGUCAAUAUGGAUACUGAACAAAAAAAGCGUGACAAGGAUAUGAAAAAGAAAGGCAUCAUUCUG